GCUACAUGCUAUAACUGGUAUAAAAAAACUGAAUAUGAUUAACGUUGCAUUAUUUAUAUUAGUGUUUAUAAUAAUCGAUGUACGCACUGCGAGUGUACCGAUCGGAAAUUUCGCUAAUGCAAGGUUAAAAAUUGUGGGUGGAGAUGAAGCUGUUCCUCAUGCUUAUCCAUAUCAAGUCGCACUAAUUAUAGACAAUAGUCAAUUAUGCGGUGGAUCUCUUAUUUCCCAAAAUUAUGUCUUAACUGCUGCGCAUUGCGCCUCUGAAAUGUACGAAAGGAACGUGGACAUUAUCCUCGGAGCACAUAACGUUUCCUCAAAUGAAUCAACGCAAGUUCGCAGGAAACCAUCGAAAAUAACCAUCAACAAAAACUUUAAUUACACCAGUUUACAAAAUGACAUAGCUUUGAUAAAACUUAAUCAACCAGCGCCUAUUAACGCCUUCAUAAAACCGAUCGAACUGAUUUCAAGAACUGAAGCUAAUAAUACUUUAGAUGGACAAACUGCCACAAGUACAGGAUGGGGCUUAACAAAAGACGUGAAAUAUCCAAAUAUUAAAGACAUGUCCGACGUACUAAUGGUGGUAGAAGUGCCGAUUUUACUAUUGAAAUCUUGCAGAAAGUACUACAAGGAUCAGCAUAUUCAGUUUGUCACGUCGAAGAAUAUUUGUACUGAUGGGACAAAUAAAAAGGGAACAUGCAAUGGGGACUCCGGAGGACCUUUGGUUUAUGAUGGAAAAUUAAUUGGUGUAGUUUCAGGCGGUGCGAAUUUAUGCGAAAUCGAAGCACCAUCAGUUUUCACAAACGUUGGAAGAUAUUUGAACUGGAUUGAAAAGCAUUCUGAUGUGUCUACCUAAGUUUUUGGAAAAAACCACUGCGAAAUUAUGUUUUAAUAAUUUUUUCAUUCAAA